AUCACGUGCAACCAAUCAUUUAUCUUUAUAAAAAUGUGUAGCAGCGUCACCUGAUUUUAGAUAGUUCUGGCUGCGCUCUGACUCACAUAUAAUAAUUUUUCUUCAUGAAAAAUAUUUACGAGAUAGCUUUUCGUUUUUAUCUAUUUUAUAAUUAUAAUUAUACUUUAUGAAAUGGAUCCUUCAAAAGAUUCACUAUCAAUAAUGAUCGCGACUGAUAUACACCUGGGGUAUCAGGAGCAAGAUCCAACACGCGGAACCGAUAGCUUCAACACUUUCAGAGAAAUACUGCGACAUGCAAAGAACCAUAAAGUGGAUAUGGUAUUAUUAGGUGGUGAUCUAUUUCAUGAAAAUAAACCGUCACUUUAUACUUUAAAUGAAGCAAUUAAAUUGCUUCACGAGUUUACGGUUGGUGACAAAAAAAUUAAUUUCAAAAUCUCCAGUGAUCAAUAUAAAAAUUUUGGAAGACGGGUUAAUUAUUCUAAUCCUAAUAGCAAUACCGCUUUACCCGUGUUUUCUAUACAUGGUAAUCACGAUGAUCCAACUGGAGCUAAACGUGUUGGUCCAUUAGAUAUACUCUCAUCAUCAGACUUGAUUAAUUAUUUUGGCAAAAUCAAUAAGGUGGAUGACAUUGAGGUUUACCCAAUAACUAUUGAAAAGGGAUCAACGAAACUAAAUAUAUUCGGAAUUGGUAAUGUAAGAGAUGAAAGGUUACAUCGAGCCUUUAAUAAUAAUCAGGUAACAUGGUGUAAACCUGAUAACAUCGACGAUUAUGUCAAUUUAAUGGUAAUUCAUCAAAAUCGAGUACCUCAUAGUCCUAAAAAUUAUAUACCAGAAAAUAUGCUUCCAGAAUUUCUGGAUAUUGUUUUCUGGGGACACGAACAUGAUUGCAGAAUACUUCCUGAAACCAAUUCACAAAGAAAUUUUGAUGUUAUUCAGCCAGGUUCUCCAGUGGCUACAAGUUUAUGUGACGGAGAAGCUAUCACAAAAUAUGUGGGCAUUUUGGAAAUAUAUGAUAAACCACGCAAAGGGAAAAAAUAUGAAAUAAAACCGAUCCUUUUAAGUACAGUUAGGCCAAUGGUAAUUGAUUCAAUUGAUAUAAAAAGAGAAACUGAUAUUUCUCCGGGUGACGAUAAAGCGUUGGAGACAUAUUUGAGAUCAAAGGUUAACGAAAUGAUUGUGCGUGCACAAGAACUAUGGAAUGAAAAUAACCCAGAUGGCGAAAAUCCUCCACUGCCUUUAAUCAGAUUAAAUGUAGAAAUGAGUAGAGAAUAUAACCGUAUACGAACUAGUUUAUUUGAACAAGAAUUUAAAAACCGUAUUGCAAAUAGUGAUAGCAAUGGUCAAAAAAUCGUGACUUACCAUUAUAAAGAAGCUGAAAGAUCUCAAAAUCAACGAUUUGUCGCCCCGUUAGACUUUGGGGAUGAAGAGAUAUCACAGAAAAACGCUACAUAUUUUGUCAUUGGACAACUUGCAAAAACGUUAAAAGAGAAGCCAUCUCAUUUUUUUCCAGAAAAUGGAAUUUUAAACUCUAUCGAUCUCUAUGUCAAUAAGAAUGAUGAAAAUGCCGUUAGAGAUUUUUUUGAAUCGACUAGAGAACAUAUGAAAAAUCAUUUAAUAAAUCAUGGAAUACCAGAACAUUCGUUACCUGGAGAAUCAGAAAUCAAGAAUGUGAUAACAUUGGAAAAAGAUAGGCUUAACCAAGAAUGGUCUACACAAUUUGAUCCUGAACAUUAUUUAGAAAAGUCGAGAACAGAGCAAAGCAUUACAUCAGUGGCGGCUGUAUCAACUACAAGUCACGGUCGUGGUCGUGGUCGUGGGCGCGGUCGUGGGCGCGGCAGAGGCAGAGGUCGUGGUUCUAGAUCCACUGCAGUUGAAGAAUUGGAUGAGGAUGAAGAUAUGGAUUUAGAUAGUGGAACAAGAGUUAACUCGCAAAACAAAUUUAGUACUUCUAGAGGAAGUCAGCAGGUAACUAUUGAUGAACAAGAUGAAUACGUUGAGGACGUUCAUUUUGAUCUGCCGAAAAGUAGUGUUACAACAAGAAGUAGGAAUUCUCGAGCGCGUGAUCGCAUGAUAGUUAUCGAUGAGGAACAAGAAUUUAAUGAUGAAUUUGAUAAUGAAUUGGAAGCCCCUGCACCAUCAACUAAAAACCGCACUACUCGAACGCGCGAUCAGGGGCGUGGGCGUGGACGAGUAGCUGCAAUCAUCGACUUGGAACAAGAUGAUAAUGAAUUACCUGCAAGAACUUCAUCAGUCAAAAGUAGUGGUCCAGGUCGUAGACGUGGUCAAGUAGCUGCAGUUAAUGAUGGAGACCAUGAAUCUGAAGAUAAUAACGGAUCGACUACAAGAAUAUCAGCCAAAAGUUCAACACGCGAUCAAGGACGUGCGUGCGAUGAAGAAAAAGAUUUUGAAGACGAAGAUUAUGUACCAACUAGUAAAACUACACGUGGUCGUGGUCGUGGCCGUGGCAGAGGCCGAGGUCGCGGCCGUGGAAGUCAAACUCAAGAUCGUGAAGAACAAAUGGAAAUUGACAAUGAAUUCACUGGAGAUAAUCCUAGAGCUGUUACACCCGAAACAUACAAUCAAAUUAAAUCAGUUUCAAAAGCGUCUGCAGGAGUAAAAAGAAGAAUUAAUAGUAUAUUUGAUUCACCAUCAAAAAGAAUAAUGACUGAUACCACGAAAUUAUCGAUAUUGGAACAACGAAGCUCACCUUCAGUGACUUCGCAACAAAGUCAACGUACACAAACUUUUCAUGAAUUGGAUGAUGAUGAUCUUUUUGACUAAUUAAUUAGUUCAACCUAAUUUUACCAAUAAUUCUUUAAUAUAAUAAAACAUGAUAAACUCGUUUGUAUUAUAAUUCAUAUCCAUCGAAAAAAAUAUUUUAAUGUAUUUAGAACAUACAAAUUAUAAUAUAUACGAUUAGUUCUUUUAUUAUCAAUUUUACAAAAUUUGAGUGAAAUCUGUGGCUUAUGUAAAAAUCGAGCAUAAUUGAUAUGAUUGAGAUUAAAAAGCAAUAAAAUUAUAAUGUGCAUAACAGAUAAUUCAUCUUUGAAAAUUUGAAAUAUCCGUAGUAAUCUUCUAUUUACGUCAUAUACAAUUGAAAUGUAUUUGGGCACAGCAAUUGAAAAAAAAUUGUACCAAUCGGAAAUAGUAUUUUAGCUUUUGUAAAUAAAUAAUUACCUUUAACUGUAGAUUUCCAAAUAAAAUUAUAAUAAAUAAAAUAAUUAUCAGAAAUUUUUAAAUAUAAUAAAAUUCUAAAUGGCGACGU